GGCACCGGACCGGAUUCAACUUUACACAACCCGAUUCUUCCAGAUUUUGGUUCAUUUGGAGGGCGGAUUCGGAAGUCGGCUCGACUCGGUCACCACUAAACCACUCCAGGCCGUGCGCGUUCGACUUUGGUUCUAUUUCUACAUCCCCAUCGCCUUUUUCCAGAUCCGCCGUUUCCGCAAUCAGAUUAUUCAAGUUUUCCGUAUGAACUCGACGAUGUGAGUGAUCAUGCCGGCUAUGGAUUGCCCGGCUUCCGCCCCCUUCGCCUCGCUUGGCCGCUCCAUCCUCAGCCUCCGCCGUGAGCAGGUCCACUCCGUCGACGGCGGCGGUCACCACGAUUCGCCGGGUGGGUCGUACGACCUCGAAAUCGAAGCGUUUCAGAAGCACGUCGCGGACAUCUUCCUCGACCUCGCCUCCUCCUCGGGGGAUGAGCUGCUUUCCCUUCCCUGGCUCCGCGAGUUGCUCGAUGGGUUACUCGUCUGCCAGGAUGAGUUCCGUGGGAUCCUGUUCGGCUGUAGGGACGGCCGGAAGGUGGACCUCUCCCGUCCGCCCCUUGACCGCUUCCUCUCUGACUUCUUCGAACGCUCCGUCAGGGCGCUCGACGUCUGCAAUGCUGUCCGGGAUGGCGUCGACCAGAUGCGGCAGUGGAGGCAGCACCUGGAGAUUGCCAUCGCUGCCCUCCGCGGCUCCGGAGUCGGCAGACCGCUCGGCAAGGGCCAGAUCCGCCGCGCCUGUAAGGCGUUGAACGAUCUCACCCUCCUCUUGCUCGACGAGAAGGAAGCCCCGUGCAUCUUGAGCCUCCGCAAUCGUUCAUUCGGCCGCAGCGGCAAGGAGACGCCGCAACAUCGCCGCGUCGGCAGCGCAGGAUCCGCCUCUUCCGCAGGACACUACCGUUCUUUCUCCGGGAGCGUCUCCCGCUCCUGGUCCGCCGCCCGGCAACUCCAGGCAAUCGGAAACAACCUUAACGCGCCUCGCGGCAAUGAAGUCGCCGCCACCAACGGCCUGGCCGUCUUGGUGUUCACUAUGAGCUCGGUCCUCUUCUUUGUGACGUGGGCUCUCGUGGCAGCAAUCCCCUGCCAGGACCGCGGGCUUCAGACUCAUUUCUCUCCCCCCAAGCACUUCCCAUGGGCCGCAUCGAUCACUGCACUCCACGAGAGAAUAUUCGAGGAAUCGAAGAAGAAGGAUCGCAGGAACUCCUGCGGGCUGCUAAAGGAGAUCCUAGUGACGGAGAAGUGCAGCCGCCAGCUGUUGGAGCUGCUAGAUCCAGAGAUAGAGUUUCCUUUGACGGAGGAGAAAGAGAAGGAGCUGCGGCAGGGCGUGGGAGAGCUGGCCGAAGUCUGCGAUUCCUUGAAGGAGGGCUUAAACACCCUCGAGCGCCAGGUACGUGACAUUUUCCUCAGGAUUGUGAGGAGCCGAACCGAAGGUCUCGAUUGCUUAAGCAAGUCUCACCAUUGUGACUGAUUCGUGCUUAGGAUCGACAUGAAAAUACUUGAUUGCUUUCGACAAUACUUGAUCUUGGUUUGUGUGCAUUUUGGUAACGUGAGGCCUCCAGGUGAGGAGAUCGACGUGAGAAUAUGAAGCAGGUAGUUUUAUUGGUAUCUAUCUAUCUUUUAUUACCAAUGGUGUAGGAAAAGGGGAAGCAGUCGAUCGUUGCCGCUUAGGCUGUUGUUUUAAUCUUCUCAUGCCGAAUCCUUUGUAAUGUGGUAAAUCGUAAGAAUCCUCCUCCCAUUUUUCUUGGUUAUUGUUCUUAGUAGUUCUUCUUUUGCAUAA